UCUUUUUAGCUGAGCGUUGGAUAUGUCAAUUUGUUGAUACCAGCAGCAAAAAUGUUCUAGUCUAGUCAAAAGACGAGGAAACAUUCUAUUAUUGUGAACAAAUUUAGUUCUUUACUUUGCUGUUAUCAUGAGCACCGAAGUAGAUAAACCAUUACCAAACGAAUCAGAGAGCACGGAGGAGGUUAGUAAUGCAGGAGCCAUAGACGGUGAUUCGGUUGUGGCUUUUGCUUCGGAGCAACACACAUCUCCAUCGGCUGCAGAUUCCACAUUGGAAGAAAGUAAAGUAUCACCUACCAAAAAUGGUGCCGGGCUUCUCGGUUCAGCACCAUCGAAACUGGCCAAUACGGUCGCAACUGAUUUAUGGGUGGAAACUAAAACUGCUGACGGCAAAUCGUACUAUUAUCAUGCCAUAAGUCGCGAAACGACAUGGACCCGCCCGGAAGGUCCUAAUGUGAACGUGAUGACACAGGCAGAAGUAGAGGCUCUCAACAAACAGCAGCAGCAACAUACGAAGUCUGCUGAACAAAAGGUCAUUGAGGUAAAUGCAAGUUCUGCGUCCGAUAUACCGGUUAGUUCAGCAACAAUACCAGCCGUUAUUCCAUUGCAUACCGCGAUGACGCGCUUUACCGGACCUCCGCCUUCGUUUGGAAUGGCUCCCUUUGGAAUGCCUCCACCUAAUUUCACCAGUUUUCCACCAUGGAACCCGCCAGCAGUCGGCAGUGGACAAAAUUGGUCCAUUAGUCAAACCCUUCCCUUAGAUGCUGCCAAGCAAGCCAUGAACGAAAUAAAGCUAAAUGAAAUUGAUCCGUCGAUCGUUGCUAGGGCUACGGUUUGGAGCGAGCACACUGCACCCGAUGGACGAAUGUUCUACUACAACGCCUCAAAGGGAGAAAGUGUAUGGGAGAAGCCGCAAGCCUUGCGUGAUUUGGAAAAGGCUAAAUUGACGGUAUGGAAUGCAAAGCAGAAAUCCAAAGCACCGCCUUCGGUUCCGCCUUUCUUGGCACCACCGAUACCACCCCAGAUGCCGCUAAUGUCUGCCAUGCAGGCACCGCCUGCUACGGGACUAAAGAUACAGCAGUUUCCUUCUCCUCUUGCAACUGCAGCUAUUGGACCGGUGUCUGGAUCGGGUGUGCGGCUUCAGCAGUUGCCCGUCGCUGCGUCAGGUGUUGUGUUUGAUCCUAUUACAUUUAUGGUUAAGAAUGAAAAGGCUGCAGCAGAAGAAGAACGAAAGCGAAAGCUAGAGCAAGAGAAGAAACGCAAAGAAGAUGAAGAAAAGGCCAAAUCCAACAAGCCGCAAGAUAAAAGCCGCCCUAUUUCUAGCACUCCAAUCAGCGGUACUCCAUGGUGCGUGGUUUGGACCGGCGAUGGGCGAGUUUUCUUUUACAACCCUUCAACCCGUACCUCGGUAUGGGAAAGACCGGAAGAGCUGAAAGAGCGCGCAGACGUCGACAAGGCGGUGCUUGUGCCCCCACAGCAGCUUCUGGGCACGGUGGCCCCGAAAGAAUUGGAAGGGGUGGCAAGUAGCAAGGGACAAACAGUGUUAGGAACAGGAAACUCAGCUACUGCAACAUUGGCAGAAAGUGACGGUGGACAAACUGCCAGCGGUGGUAAUACAAACGAGCCACGGUCCGCCCAAAGCGAUACGGAGUCUAGCGUGGAUGAGGAUGGUGAACAUCCAAGCAAAAAGCUGAAAUCCGACCUGGAAGCUGUUAUGAAAUCAACGCAUUCCCUUGGCAGCAAUCGUUCUGGCACUGAUCCGGAAAAGGAAGCUAUAGCAAUGGAGGCUGAGGCAAGAGCAGCUCGCGAGCGAACAUUGAUACCUCUAGACGCCCGUAUGAAAUCGUUUCGGGAAAUGCUUCGGGAGUUGGAUGUAUCUGCUUUUAGUACUUGGGAAAAGGAGCUUCAUAAAAUUGUGUACGAUGCACGUUAUCUACUUCUGACCUCCAAAGAACGUAAACAGGUUUUCGAGAAGUACGUGAAAGACCGAGCAGAUGAGGAGCGACGAGAGAAGCGUAACAAAAUGCGCCAAAAGCGCGAUGACUUCCGCGCCCUUAUGGAUGCGGCUCAUUUGCAUGGAAAGUCAUCGUUUAGCGAAUUUGCUCAGAAGUAUGGCAAAGAUGAACGAUUCAAGGUGAUUGAAAAAAUCCGCGAACGCGAAAGCUUGUUUAAUGAGUAUAUUGUGGAAAUUCGGAAGCGCGAAAAGGAGGAAAAACAAAUUCGCAAAGAGCAGAUAAGAAAAGAUUUUCUUACUAUGCUUCGUGAAAGAAGCGAUAUAAACCGUCACACACGGUUUAGCGAUAUCCGCAAAAAAGUGGAAAGUGAUAGCCGUUAUAAAGCAAUCAUAGAGCACUCACAACGCGAAGAACUGUUUGAGGACCAUAUCAAGGCACUCAAAGAAGAAAAACGCAAGGCAAAGGAGAAGGAAAGAGAAAAAGAGCUAAAGGAACGUAACAGCCGCAGCGAACAGCGCAGUUCGCGUAAAUCAAGGGAUCGGUCGCGCGAUCGCCGUAGUCGCUCGAAUGAUCGGGAGGUAAGUCAAUCGGCAAAGGGUCCUAGCAACCAUGAUGGCACUGCAAACAACAACAAUGACGAGGACGAAGGCGAAGAUUGUAACACGUCGGAUGAAGAUGAAAUUGAGCGACAACAAAGAGAACGUGAACGCAAAGCGCGUGCAGAGGCCAGUAUUAAGGAACGCGAGAAGGAAGUGCAGCGUACAUUAGCUACUCAUUUGCGUGAUCGCGACAAGGAGCGGCAGCAUCACCAGAGAGAUGAAGCUAUGCGUCAUUUUAACGCUUUGUUGGCCGAUCUAGUACGCAAUACAGACCUCACGUGGAAGGAGGUAAAAAAGUUGCUGAAAAAAGAUCACCGUUGGGAAUUAAUUUCCAUGCUGGAUCGAGACGAUCGUGAAAGACUGUUCAACGAACACAUUUCUAACUUGGUGCGCAAGAAACGCGAUAAGUUCCGCGAAAUGUUGGAUGAAAUUCCUUCCCUUGAACUAACCUCUUCCUGGAAAGACAUCAAAAAAAGUAUUCGUGAUGAUCCACGGUACUUGAAAUACAACAGCAGUGACCGGGGCGAACGAGAAUUUCGAGACUACAUCAAAGACAAGACGGCGAAUGCUAAACUUGCUUUUCGAGAACUGCUGCAGGAAUGUAAGUUUAUUACUCACAAAAGCUUUGAAUUAUACCGUGAAAAUGGAAAUCAUUUGCGUGAAGUAGAAGACAUUUUGCGAAACGAUAGCCGCUAUUUGAUACUACAUCAUAUAGCAGGGGAGCGCACGCAAAUGAUUUUAGCUCACUUAGAGGAACUGCAUAAGCGCGGACCGCCGCCCCCUCCAACUGCCAGUGAAUCUUUACGACGAAAGUAAGAUCGGUAUCUGAUAGAGGUAAAAAUAGGAGAAGGUGUCCUCUGAAUAUGGUAUAAAGAUUUCUUCUCAUGACUCGAUGUACUGCUAUGAGAAAAAAGGGCAAAUUGUGUGUGGAUAAAACAAUUAAAAUGGCAUUAAUUGAA